AACUUUUUUCGACCCGCCACUUUUGACGAACCUCGAGACACUGCAGCUUCAUCGACAACGCGCCGACACCGACACUUGCUAACCGAACAGCCGCUACGAGCGCGAAUCAGCCAAAAUGCCCCAAAACGAGUACAUGGAGAGAUGGCGAAAGCUUCAUGGUCGCCGCCUAGACCACGAAGAGAGAGCUCGUAAGAAGGAGGCGCGUGAGGGUCACAAGGCAUCCAAGGAUGCGCAGAAUCUGCGCGGCCUCCGGGCCAAGCUCCACGCGAAGAAGCGUCACAACGAGAAGAUCCAGAUGCGCAAGCAGAUUAAGGCCCACGAAGAGCGUAACAUCAAGACGAACGAUGAGAAGGAGCCCAGCGAGCCCAUGCCCGCCUACCUGCUCGACAGAAGUAAUCCGAACAACGCCAAAGCAAUCUCAUCUCAGAUCAAGAACAAGCGCGCUGAGAAGGCGGCGAGAUUUAACGUUGCAAUUCCCAAGGUGAAAGGUAUAUCCGAGGAAGAGAUGUUCAAAGUCAUCUCCACUGGCAAGAAGACACACAAGAAGUCGUGGAAGCGCAUGAUCACCAAGCCCACUUUCGUCGGGCCCAACUUCACGAGAAGAGAUCCGAAACACGAGCGCUUCAUUCGCCCAAUGGGACUGAGGUACAAGCAUGCCCAUGUUACUCAUCCUGAGCUCGGCGUUACUGUGAAGCUGCCCAUUCUCGGCGUAAAGAAAAACCCGCAGAACCCGCUGUAUACCAACUUGGGAGUUUUGACUCGGGGUACUAUUAUCGAGGUAAACGUGAGCGAGUUGGGUCUCACAACAACCACUGGAAAGGUUGUAUGGGGACGUUACUGUCAGAUUACGAACAACCCCGAGAACGACGGUUGCGUGAACGGCGUUUUGCUUGUGUAAGCCACGAUAAAAGGUGUCCAGAGUGCCCUAGAAGGGGACUACAUCAUUAUUGGCGUCUGGAGUUAUGGCAAACAGAAAAACGGGCCGGGUGGAUGCCUUAGAUUAACAUCAACAUGAAGCUAGGUAGAUGAAACAAUAUUCCCAUUUGUGUCUGAAUGGACUGCAGCUCAUCGAUGUCGAGUUGAUUCAGUAACCAUGGCUCAUGAUCUUUUUCAAUUCGGUCGAACAUGAAUGGGGUUGACUCGUACUCACAUUGACGAUUUGACUAAGGGAUUUCCUUGGUUUGCGACCCGCCACCCAGCCUAUAAUCACGUGGUGCUUUGGUGCAGUCCCUGUGAUACGGAGAAAACGUCUCACUGCGACGAAGCGCCUUUAUGGGUCUCUGGUGUACGCUACUCUAUUUCUGCAAAAGUGAUUGCUACUUAGUAAACGCUUACGCGGAUUCGCCCGACUCCAGUCCUUGCUCAGUCAUUCAACUUCCACACCCCAGGAAUCCACCCGUAAUUGUUGGAAGCUUGAGCUGCUUCAACCUUGGGCUUCUUUUCAUAGUUCCUGGUCGGCGCGGAGGACAACGACCCUGCAUCGGUCGCGUGUCUCACUUUUGCAACGUAGGCACGUUGAACUGGAGGAGAGGCAAGGCGUCACAGGCUCCCUUGUGGGACUUGGUUCGGAGGUGUCAAGGCCCAGCCGCGGUAGUUGGGGCGUCAGGGGAGCACUAGCGGUAGCGCAGCCUGGAUGGACACCCUACAAGGGCAGCGUAGCUGGGCUGCAACAUAGAUAUAAGAGGGCGGGUUCAAGUCGCUAGUGACCGACUACCCCUACGGUAGCCAUCAUUGACUUCAGUACUACGUACGAUCCCAGCCUCUGAAAGGAGGCAGGAAACAGACUAGCAUGGUAUGCAUCGAUUUCGUGGAAUAACCGAUAAGUCGGGGCCCGCGUCAUUGUGCAUUAUUUGGAAGCUCGACAGUGCUACGAUGCUGACCACAUCGCCCUCAUCUUCGGUCGCUAACGUUCCCUUCUAAUAAUUGUGCUGUUGGGGAAAGCUGCGGGACCUCUAGGCAUUUG